CUCAGCUCUAACCCGGAAGUAGUGUGAAUUGCUUUUACUUGCGUGAACAGUUUAUUUUGAGACUUUCCUCCACAGCAUGUGUUGAAUUAGAUGGACAGAUCAGAGGAGCGGGGUGCUGAUGUUGACCUGCAGGCUCAGAUCGAGGAGAUCGAGGCUCUGUCGUCCAUCUACGCGGACGAGUGGUGUGUGAUCGAUGAAGCGGCCAGAGUUUUCUGCAUCAGAGUGUCGGAUGACACGCAGCAGCCCAAAUGGACGGUCUGUUUACAGAUCAUACUUCCUCCAGAUUACCCGAGCUCAGCGCCUCCCGUUUAUCAGAUCAACGCCGGGUGGCUCAGAGGAGCAGACAGGAUGAAUCUGUCCAACAGUUUGGAGGAGAUCUAUGUGGAGAAUACAGGGGAAAGUAUUUUAUACCUGUGGGUGGAGAAAAUAAGAGAAUUCCUCGUAGAAAAAUCACAAAGUGCAGAUGGACCAGAAAUGAGCAAGACGGUGACAACAGAGGAAGAAGGUCACGAGUACGACGAGGACGAUCUUCCAGACUACAGUGUGCUAAAACUCACCAACCAAACAGCUCAGCUCUUCUCCAGCGCUUCUGAUGAUGAAGAGUUGCCACUGAUUAAACACGGGGAGACAAUCACGGAUAGACGGAGCACGUUCCAGCCUCAUUUAGCCGCGGUGGUGACUCCCAAACAGGUUCAAAGGGUUCUGAAUCAUUUAUAUGAAAACAAGAAGAUCGCAAGUGCCACUCACAAUAUCUAUGCAUACAGGAUCUACUGUGAGGAUAAAAACUCUUUCCUGCAGGACUGCGAAGACGACGGAGAAACCGCAGCGGGGGGCCGAUUGCUCCAUCUUUUGCAGAUCCUAGAUGUGCGUAACGUGCUGGUGGUGGUCUCUCGGUGGUACGGCGGGAUCCUGCUGGGCCCCGACCGCUUCAAACACAUCAACAACUGCGCCAGGAACAUCCUUAUUCAGGAGGGUUACACCGACACUUCAGAGGAAGCAGCCAAAGCUGGAGGCAAGAACAAAAGACCUAAGGGCAAGAAGGUGAAAUGAAAAACCUUCCUGGAACAGGCAAGAACUGGAAUGAAGGCAGACUGGCAACUA